AUGGAGUCCAGCUACCACAGCUUUGACACCAAGCGACUGUGGAAUGGACUGCGCUGCAUCACUGACUACAAGAAGGACAACACAGGCAGUGUUCAGCCCACUGCAUCUCUCGCAGAUGAGCUCAACAACUUCUAUGCUCGUUUUGACGCAGACAACAGAGACAACAUCCUCUACCCUCAGGAGGACAGGGAAGCUCUGGCAGAGGUGUUCACCAACAUCUUCAACAUCUCCCUGAGGAAGUCAGUUGUCCCCACGUCCCUCAAAGCAUCCACCAUCAUUCCCAUUCCCAAAAAAUCAGUGGUCUCCUGUCUGAAUGACUACCGUCCUGUUGCACUGACAUCCGUCAUCAUGAAGUGCCUGGAGCGGCUGGUCAAAGCCACAGAGGAUGCCAUCGCCCUGGCAACGCACACCACCCUCACUCACCUGGAGAAAGGGAAUACAUAUGCAAGGAUGCUCUUCAUCGACUACAGCUCGGCAUUUCACACCAUCAUCCCCUCAAAACUUGCCACGAAGCUCGUCGACUUUGGGCUGGGAACACCGAUCUGCAGAUGGAUUCUAAACUUCCUCACAAACAGGCCCCAGGUGGUGAGAGUUGGUAAGCACACCUCCUCAUCACUCAUCCUAUACACAGGUACGCCACAGGCUUGUGUGCUUAGCCCCCUCCUAUAUUCCCUGUUCACACACGACUGUGUUGCUAAACACGUGUCCAACAUCAUCAUCAAGUUUGCGGAUGACACAAUCAUAGGCCUCAUCACAGGCAAUGAUGAGACGGCCUAUAGAGAGGAGGUGAUGGCACUGUACGAGUGGUGUCUGGAAAAUAACCUGACUCUCAACAUCAGCAAAACUAGAGAAAUGAUAGUGGACUACCGGAAACGACCAGUCAGGGAACACCAGCCCAUCCACAACAACGGUGUCAAGGUCGAAAGGGUCAGCAGCUUUAUCUUUAUCUUCAGCGAUGCCUCCGUAAAGGUGGCACAUUUAGCAGGUGAGCUUGCAAAAGCUCUGAAGGUGAAGCAGUUGGAGCAGAUCAAGCCACUGGAGGAGUUGAAGGAGUUGAAGGAGUUGAAGAAGUUGAAGCCUUUGGAGUUGGAACAGUUGAAGAAAUUGCAGAACUUGACGCCUCAGGAUUUGAAGGAGCUGCAGGAGUUGAUGCCUGAGGAUUUGGAGAAGUUGAAGAAAUUGCAGAAUUCGAAGCCUGAGGAUUUGGAGAAGUUGAAGGCUGAGGAGUUGGAGGAUUUAAAGAAAUUGGUAGAGUUGGAGAACCUUGGUUUUACGAAGUUGGAGAAGUUGAAGAAAUUGCAGAACUCCAAGUCUGAGGGUUUGGAGAAGUUGAAUCCUGAGGAUUUGAAGAUGUUGCAAAGGUUUAAGCCUAAGGAUGUGGAGAAGUUUGAGAAGUUGGAGAGGUUAGAUGAGUUGAAGAAAUCACUCAUCAGUGACCAAGAUGUUCUCUGUGUGCAGAUUGCCGGUCUUUGUCAUGACCUAGGACAUGGGCCCUUUUCUCAUUUUUUUGAUGGGAUGUUUAUGGAUGCAAUCAAAAGAGACAAAAAAGGCAAAGAAGAAUGGAGGCAUGAGAAGGCCUCUAUUGAAAUGUUUAAACACCUACUGGAUCAAAAUGGCUUAAAAGAAGUGAUGAAGAAAUAUGGACUGAAAGUAGAUGAAGAUGGAACUGACCUGGUGUUUAUUGAAGAAAUGAUUAAGAAACCUCAGGAUGAAAAACCUCAGAAUGAUGCAGCUCAGGAUAAUGAACAUCAGAACAAUGAUGCUUCCACGAAGUGGCCAUAUAAAGGUCGAGAAGAGAAAAAAUCCUUUCUCUAUGAAAUUGUGUCAAACAAGAACACCGGGAUUGAUGUUGACAAGUUUGACUACUUUGCCAGGGAUUGCCACCACCUGGGCAUUCCGAACAGCUUUGACCAUCAGCGCUUCGUCAUGUUUGCCAGGGUGUGUGAUGUGGAGGAGGAUAGGAAAAAAACUAAGCACAUUUGCUCUAGAGACAAGGAAUCUGCAAACCUGUAUGACAUAUUCCAGCAAAGGCUCUCGAUCCACAGAAGAGCCUGCCAGCACAAGAUAAAAAUGGCAGUAGAAAUUAUGCUCAAAGAUGCCCUCAUACUAGUAGAUGACCAUCCAGACUUCAAAAUUAAAAGUUCAAAAGGGGAGAUGCUAAAUAUCUCCCAGGCAAAUGGUGACAUGGAGGCAUACACAAAGCUGACAGAUCAUGUGUUUGAAAGAAUACUCCAUUACCAGGAAGGAAGGAAGGAACCUUCCUCUGAGGAAGAAAGGAAGAAAGAACAAGAUUUGGAGCAGGCAAGAGAGAUUCUAAAGAGGGUCAUGGAACGGGACCUGUACCGCUGUGUGGGUCAAGCCAAGAAAAAAUCAGGAGAGGAGAUAAAGGAAAGGUUAAAAAACCUGGUUAACGACAUUCAGGAGGACGGGAAAGACAGAGAUGAAGUUAAUAAUGUCACUUUGACAUAUAACAUGGGAAAUGAGAAGUCCAUCACUAAAGAAUAUUCUUAUGACAAGGAGAACUCUAAAACACCAGAGGACAAGAAAAAAGAAAAAAAGGAAGCACUUGAGAAAAUUAAGGAGGAUUUGGAAGGUAAACUGAGUGAAUGCUCUCCUGAUGACAAGUUUGAAGUUAUUGAUGUCACUUUGGACUAUGGGAUGGAAAAUGAUGACCCCCUCAUUAAAGCAUAUUUCUAUCGCAAGGAUAACCCUGAUAAAGGAGAACCAAUCCCCAAAUCAGAUGUGUUCAGUGUCCUCCCAGACUGGUUUUCUGACGAGAUGCUUAGGGUUUACUGGAAGAAUCCUAAGGAACUAACAGAUGAACAAAUAAAAACAAAAGAGGAAGAAUUCAAGAAAGUCUUCAAUGACUGGUGCAAGGAGAAUGGUUAUAAGGAUCUAAACAAGGAAGUCCCCAGCGCUGGUCGAGCAACUUCAGGAAAUGAAUGAAUGAAUGAAUGAAUAUGUCAAAGAUUCAGUUAUCAAUUUUUUUUGUGCAACAGUAGAGAUUUUAAUAUAGGUGUUUUGAAUGAGAAAAAUAAUGUUGUUUGAUUUUUUUUUCAUUGUUUGAUUUAAAUCUUAACUAUAUGAUUUAGACUAGAUGUGAAAUUUUAUCAAAAUAUUACAUAUUGAAUGAUUUUUUUUGUGAUUUGGACUAACUGAUACUACUUCCUUUAACAUGUAUCAAUAUGAAAUAAGCUCUUGAUAAUCUAAAAUAAAAAAUUUAUUGUAAUGUUUUGACUACAUAUUGCACGUUUUCACUAGAAUCAAACUAAAUAGAUCACCUCGUUUCAAUACAUGCAGUUUUGGGUACUGUUGUGAUUUGGUCAUUAUCUGAAAAUUCAUUAUUUAUCAUAUCGUCUAUCAAUGAAAAUCUAUAAAAGUUAGAAUCUUUCAGCUGUUUUCCUGUUCUGAUUCGUUUGCUGCUGAUUUCUGGUAAAUUCCAAAUAAAGCUAAUUUUCUCUUA